AUGCAGCAGCAGCAGCAGCAGCAGCAGCAGCAACGAAGGCAGCAACUGCAGCAGGAGGAGCAGCAAAAGCAGCAGCAGAAACAACAAAUAGGAAAGGCGUCUGCGGCAGCAGCAGCAGCAGCAGCAGCAGCAGCAGGAAAUAGAAGAGGCGUCUGCGAGAGGAGCAGCGGCGACAACAGCAGCAGCAGCAGAGUUUGGAGACUCGGUGUCGGCAGCUACCGCGGGAGGCAGCAGCAGCAGCAGCAGCAGCAGCAGCAGCAGCAACAGCAGCAGCAGCAGCAGCAGCAACGAAACACCUCUGGAACCCGGGAGACAAGCAGAUCCCUGAGCUGCUGCUGGCCAGGGACAGCAGCAGCAGCAGAAGCAGCAGCAACUGAGGCAGCAGCAGCAGCAGCAGUAGCAGCAGCUGCUGCUGCUGCUGUUGUCGCGUUUGCUGCAGCAGCAGCAGCAGCAGCAGCGGACCAACGAGCCAGUGCUGCUGGCAGACAGCAGCAGCAGCAGCAGCAGCAGCAGCAGCAGCAGCAUUAUGAAGCGCAUGGACAGCUUCAGCACCGCCAGCAGCAGCAGCCGCAGCAGCAACACCAACAGCAGCAGCACCCCCUCUGCAAGGGACAGCAGCAGCCCUUUCGGCAGCAGCUGCAGCGGGAGAAGUCCCAGCAGCAGCAGCAGCAACACCCCAAGCAGCAGCAGAAAUAUCCCCAGGAGCAGCAGCAGCAGCAGCAGCCCCAGCAGCAGCAGCAGCAGCAGCAGCACCCCCAGCAGCAGCAGCAGCAGCAGGAGAGGCGGCCCCAGCAGCAGCACCCCGAGCAGCAGCAGCAGCAGCAGCAGCAGCAGACGGGGCGCCCCCCGGGGGGGGCUGCUGCUGCAGCAGCAGCAAGCAGCAGCAGGCAGCCACACGGAGACAGAAGCCCCGGGGCAGCUGAACACUUUGCUGCUGCAGCGGCAGCAGCAAGCAACUCCCAUUUUGCGGCUGUCUGUACACCCCAGAACUGGCAGUUGUCGUCUCGCUCUCCCCUCGGCGGAGCCCCUGCGCGCCUGCGCCUCAGCAGCAGCAGCAGCAGCAGCAGCAGCAGCAGCAGCAGCAGCAGCAGCAGCAGCAGCAGCGGGGGGCGAGUGCUGCAGCUGCAGCACGAGGGCUACCGCGAGCGAAUCGAAGCAGCAGCAAAUGGAACCCUCAGGUGGGGAGAAAAGGAAGCAAACGACGGCAGCUGGGUGGAGAAGUGGGCAGUGCAGACCCUGCAGCAGCAGCAGCAGCAGCAGCAGCAGCAGCAGCAGCAGCAGCAGCAGGAUCGCGUGCUGGAGUUCGGCCAGAGCCAGGGCAGAAACUACCGCACCCACGAACGGUGGGUAACCCGCUGGGAGGAAACGGCGCGCGAGCGCCGGGUCGAGAAGGUGGUGCAGGAGCUGCUGCCGCAGCAGCAGCAGCAGCAGCAGCAGCAGCAGCAGCAGCAGCAGCAGCAGCAGCAGCAGGAGUCGGAGGUGCUGCAGGAGUGGGAAGAAGAAGAAACUGAAGACAAAGAAAAUGGAAUAAUUGAAAUUAAAAAAAAAGGGACUGACAGACAAAGACAAGAAGGGAGACACUGGACUUUGCGGCUGCUGAAGCGGCAGCCAGCAGCAGCAGCAGCAGCAGCAGCAGCAGACGGCGCAGCAGCAGCAGCAGCAGCAGCAGACGGCGCAGCAGCAGCAGCAGCAGCAGCAGCAGCAGCAGCAGCAGCAGAUGGGGCGGGAGACGCCGAAAGGAGGCUUCGGGGCGCGGCGGAGGAGCUGCUGGGGGCUGCCUGCUGCUUGCCAGCAGCAGCAGCAGCAGCAGCAGCAGCAGCAGCAGCAAAGCUGCUGCCAGGAGAAGAGCUGGAAAUAUUUGAAGAGAAAACUUCUUCGGAAACGAGGGGGCGGCUGGUGCACAGGGAGGCGGGCGGGAGACUAAUUUACGAAGCCACUUGGAGAGAAGCAGCAGCAGCAGCAGCAGCAGCAGCAGCAGCAGCAGCAGCAGCAGCAGCAGCAGACAGGGAGACGCAGCAGGAGGAAGUCUGGGUAGAGAGGGAUGGCUCGAAAAGGGGAACAAAAAGAGGCACGGGAAAAGACGGGUCCUGCUGGGAGGAGCAGUGGGAAGCAGCAGCAAACGGCUGCCGCCGCUGCACAAAAACAAAAAAAGAAAAAAAUAAAAAAAUAAAAGAAGAAAUUGGAAUUCGAAAGAAAGAAGGCACUGAAGACCAGCUGGAGGAGUUCUACGAAAAAGUGGAGCUGACGCUGUGCGAAGGCCGCAGCGUGGAGUGUACAGACACCUGGACGCGGCCUGUGGGGAAAGGCCGGGCGAAGGGAAAGCAGCGGAAAGAGACGCAGCACUUCCAGCAGCAGCAACUCACUUCUCUCGAGGUGGUCAACGAAGUCUGGGAAGACACCGGAGAAGAAACCCUGACGGAUUUGUGGGCGGAAGAAAUCUUCCUUUCCAAACCCCACAAUGGGGCUGCUGUGCAGCAGCUAGCAAAGGCAAGCAGCAGCAGCAGCAGCAGCAGCAGCAGCAGCAGCAGCAGCAGCAGCAGCAGCAGCAGGGUAGCAACAGCGGCAGCAGCAGCAGCGGUAGCAACAGCGGCAGCAGCAGCAGUAGCAGCAGCAGCGGCAGCAGAAGCAGCGGUAGCAGCAGCGGCAGCAGCAGCAGCGGUAGCAGCAGCGGCAGCAGCAGCAGCAGUAGCAGCAGCUGUAGCAGCAGCGGCAGUAGCAGCAGCAGUAGCAGCAGCUGUAGCAGCAGCAGCGGUAGUUGCAGUACAGAAACGGUGGGGCCGCAAGAAGGGCAGCCGGCGAACAGAUGGGAUGGAGUGGGGAGAGAAUUGGGAGGAGACGCAGCAGCAGCAGCAGCAGCAGCAGCAGCAGCAGCAGCAGCAGCAGCAAGAGCAGCAGCAAGAGCAGCAGCCGCAGCGUGUGGCGCUCCGCAUUCUCCUGCCAGACGGGAGCGUUUCCACGCAGGAAGUGCUGCUGCUGCAGCAGCAGCCAAUGGAAGUGAAAAGACGUUUUGAUGACAAGUGGUGGAGAGAAGCCAGCGGCAACUCUUGGGGGCACAAAGAGGGCACUGAGGAAGACGGGACUCGGCUGUUUGAGAAGUGGUAUGACAACGGCAGCGAAAAGCAAGUGGACAAGUGGCGGGAAAUGCCGGACGGCUCGAAAGAAGGCGAAAAGACUGGCAGCAAAACGGACGGGACGGAGUGGAAAGAGCGCUGGGGCUGCGGGGCUUUCGGAAAGGACUUUUGGGUGGACAAAACUUGGAAAGAAAAAGACAAAGAGAGCAGCGGGGAGGUCCGCUGGGGCUGCAGCAGCGGCAGCAGCAGCAGCAGCAGCAGCAGCAGCAGCAGCAGCAGCAGCAGCGGGCUGCAGCGCCACUGGCAGCAGCACUGGCGCGAAACCGAAAGCUGGCUCGCCGGCGACUCUUUCGUCGAAAAAGUCGAAAGAGAUAAUUGCGGAAACGAACACGUCAUCAAGCGCGGGGACGCGUGGGAAGAGCAAUGGAAGGAGAAGUUCGACGGCGACCAGAAGACAGAAACGUGGGCUGAGAAAAAGGGGAGCAACGCCCAGGGCGAGCGGUGGUUCGAGACUUGGGAGGAACGCUGGGGGUUUAAAACUGCUUAUAAAGAGGCUAUUGACCAAAACGGAAACAAAAGAGUGGAGAAGUGGGGCGAGCAGUUCUUUGAUGAUGGAAGUGGCCAAAACGGCAGCGGCGGCAGCAGCGGCGAAAACGGCGGCGAAAACGCCGUUUUCGGAGCAGCUGCAGCAGCAGCAGCUGCAGCAGCAGCUGCUGCAGCAGCAGCUGCUGCUGCUGCUUCGCGGUAG